AUCAAGAAUUAAAGAAAUCGGAUUUGGAUCGGGGAAAGACAAAAGUGGUCGAGUAGCCGAUUUAUUAUUCAACGACAUCCGAGGUGUUUAGUGCAACGUCCGAAGCACAAGACAAGACAAGCGACCCAAAACAGAAGCAAGAUGGCCACCGAAUGUAAGAAGAGAGCCGUUCUGGUCGGAUGCAACUACCCCAACACCAUCAACAAGUUGAGCGGAUGCGUAAACGAUGCGAAAGCCAUGAGAGAAAUGAUCGUGAGCAGGUUUGGCUUUGAUUCCGAAAAUGUUGAGCUCCUAACUGAUGAACCAGAGUCCACGUAUAAGCCUACACGUGCAAACAUUAUGGCUGCACUCAAGAAGAUGGUGGUCGCGGCUAAAGAAGGAGAUGUCCUGCUUUUCCACUUUAGUGGACAUGGACUUGUGCACCGCAUUGACCCCCACCAGCCUCCCAACGAGGGUGAAGCAAUUGUGCCUUGUGAUCUCAAUCCCAUUUUUGACGUGGACUUGGGGCAAUUGAUUCAGCUACUACCAAGUGGAUCAAGCUUCACAAUCGUUUCGGAUUCCUGCCACAGUGGUGGUCUGAUUGAUAAAAGUAAAGAACAAAUUGGACCCCAUAGUACUCUAAGGGGUAUAGCACCACCUGUUGAUUACAAGACUAGGGGCAUUUCCUUAGCAACCUUAUUCCAGUGCCUACAAACAGCGGCCAACGUCAUAAUCGCGACACAAGACUUAUUUCCCACAAGAGCACUUGGGAAUGCCAUCAACACUGGAACAGAUAAUAUGACGGGUAUUAGCUCUCUUUUGACCACAAUCUUUGGGAACAAUGUGAGUCUCAAAUUCCUACCCCAUUAUGAGCGUGAUAUUUUGAAUUUGAGGUCACUGACGGAGGAUGAGGGAAUUCUGUUAAGUGGGUGCCAAGCCAAUGAGCUUUCAAUUGAUAUGCCAGCGAGUGAGAAAACCGGAGGAAAGGCGUUUGGGGCCUUUACCUAUUCAGUUCUGAAGGUCAUCAAGGAGAGCGAAUUAGGUGCAUUAACCAAUAGACAGCUUGUGGUGAAGGCUAGGAAUGAAAUAAUAAAGCUAGGAAUUGGGCAGCAGCACCCUUGCCUUUAUUGCAGUGAUGGGAAUGCUGAUGCAGCUUUUCUUGGCCACCAACCCAACACCACUACGGGUGCAUAAGCUGCCGGCUUUGAACCAGGGUUUUCGAUCACUAGAGGUCGAAACUGUAAACUAAAUAAUAAUGUGCUCCAUCGGUGUGCACUACUACGAAGUUGAAGUUAGCCUUCAUUACUGCGUCUGUGUGUGUGUUUGCUUAUUAAUUACUAUCGUAUGUCUGUGUUUUAAGGCCUUCAAGCUUAUGUAAUCGCCAUGUAUGGCUAUCUCAUGUAUAAUUUUAUGAUAAAAUAAAACGGCCUCUUUUGCAAGAUUUUUA